GGAAAACGGUUGUGCGAAUAGCAAGAAACGUAAUUAACGCAAUCGUGGAAUCAAUCGUCUACUCGUAUUUGUCUAUUGAACUGUGCAAAAGCAAACCAAGAAAACACAAGUUACUAUUUACUAUUUAAUUCAGCGCAACAAACUUCAGCAACAUUUGCAUUUUCGUGUUUAUAAACAAAUGUCGCUAAAGCGAGAAACAGUGAUAUAGUGAAAAUACACAACGGUACGUGUGUUUGUGUGUGAAUUUCAGAAGAAAAGAAGAAAAAGGUCGAAUUUAUGCGAAAACGAAAACUAAAAUAAAUAAAUUGCAAAUACUAGAAAUAAGCACAAACACAAAUAAUUAUUUAAAAAAAAGGGAUACAACAUUACAAUUUGUGAGUGAAAAUUGUUUUAAAAUUCCACGGUUGCAGCAACAUUAAUCGUCUUUGGAACAAUACUUCAAUGUCACUGCAGCCGCUAAUAACAAUGCUAUUCUUUGCAAGCCAAAAGCAAUAACAACAAAAACCACAACAACAAUGUAGCAGCGAUUUAUAGUAAUACGCGUUAUAGUGCUGAAAACACAAAGAGAUAAAUAAAGAAAAAACGAGGACAACUGCGCAUGAAAUCUCCUUCUAGAAAACUAGUAGCCAAACAAAACCAAAUACUAAUAGUAGUAGUAAGAUAAAUCAACAACAAAUAUACACCUAAUAGACUGUUUGAUUUAAAACUUGCCAAUGAGAAGACGUAUUUACACUUAAAUUAAGCGCAAUUAGCGAUUCUAAAAACGCCCAUGCGCACUGAAAGUAUUUCGAGCGGACGACACUGCAGCGCAUCCGCAUACGCAACUGGAGCGGCAUCCGUUGCAGCAGUAUCAGCUGCAGCAAAUAUGGCAGCCAUGCCAGUCGUCUGGUGCACAGAUCCAAAUUCAGUAAAUAAACAACCCACAGCUUUCGCGCUUCAUGGCAUUCAAUUGCAGGGUAACGUGACAGAGAAACAAGUAUUGGCGCUACGCGAAUUGGUGAAUGCCGCCGCUGAGGGUAGACUGAUACUACCUGCUGAUGGCACUUUUGUGUUGUUAGACAGCGGCAUUAGUAUUGAGAGUUCAAUAGUGAAAAGCAGUGAUGACGCCGAUGCCGAUGGCAAUAAAGAAAAUGCAGCGCAUAAUAUUGUUGCAAAUGUGACAAAUGGCAGCUGUGGAGAGGAGAAACUUACAAAGAACACCUACAUUCUUAUGCCCGUGGCAACAACCAAACCUCAGCCAUCGCAAGAACAUCACCCAACAAAUUUGCUCAGCGCUGCCACAGCAGCCCUUGCAGAGCAAUUUGAUGUUAUCAAAGAAGAGAAAGAAGAAGUGUUGCAAGCGCAGGAAGUUCUAGUGUCGCACUUUAAAGAUGAGGAGUCCGAGCCAAAAUACUCCACAUUCACGCCGCCUAGCUCGAAUGACGGCGAAGAAAUACUAUACGAAUUUCUCUGUUGUGCUAAAUGUAUGAAUGAAAUGUACGCGGCCAGGUAUCAAGCGUCUCCAACAAGCGCUACGCCUACACGCACGCGGUAUAGUAGUUGCCAGUAUUCCACAGACGCGCUUGCGUCAAAGAGCAAUGAAAGCCGGCGCGCUUUAGCUGCAGAACGACUACAUCGAUUACUCAGGACUUCCGGCCGCGCCUGCGCCUUCGUUGAUUGGGGCGCAUCAGUCAGGACAGCGACUGGCAUAAAAGCCAGUGAAUCGUCAAUGCCAUUAGAUGAUCCUGUAUACAGUAUUGCCAAUAAGUACACGCGCCGGUAUCAACGCAAAUAUUGCCUUAACUCUGCCUCGGCAUUAGCCGCACGUAAUCGACAAAAUCGUCGCAAAUUACCAAUGCAAAGCGUAAAAAUCUUUCAUAAUCGUAGCAUUGCAAUCACAAAUGUUGGUAGUUGUAGUGGAGGUAGUGGGGGCAGUAGUGUAAGCAACAACCGAAACAAUAAAAUCGGCUGCGUUCCACUGUCAACGAUAUUGUCAUUACCUGCUUAUGCGACGGUGAACAAAAAUAAAAUCAACAAUGAAGCGACGACACAGUCAAAUAGUGGAGCGAUGUUAGCAGAGGAAUGCAACGAACAAAUGGGGAGAAGUGACAGAAACCAGACAAGGCUGGGAACGGAGGUAGAGAUAGACAAUUUUGAAGCGCCGAGAAUGCAGACGGUAGUCAACGCGAUGGUGGAAGAUGACAUACAAAGGCAUUCUCUUCGUGAUAAGCUAACGAACUGUGAUACACCAAUGGAAGAGGUAGUCUCUACUGAAGUAGUUAAAGAUCUAAUUAGUUUCGACGACGAUGAUAAUGAUAAUGCUGAGUUGAGGACAGCAAACGACAAUGUAAGCGGUCCGUCGCGAAAAUUCGUUUGCGAAUCAAAGACCUUCGAUUUGUUGUGCGCACCGAACAAAGAGCUGACACCGUCAGCCAUCAUAGCCAGCGAUCACGAUCGUGACGCCGACACCAACGACUGCAACCUUCCACUAUCAGCACAUGCGCUUUGCAUGCAAAUUAGCGAAUCAGCCGAAUCCGCGGCCUACCCAACGACAAACACUGUCGACACCAGUAUAGCUGCUGCUGCUGCUGCUGCUGCUGCUGCUGCUGAGACUCAAGCCACGGUAGCUGGGCAAUCGCACAGUAAUAAUUCGAGUCGGAAAACGAGUUUCGAUUCAACUUGCACCAUCAGUUCAAUGGAUUCUGGUUUCAUUGAGAUGCAGAAUAAAUUGGAGAGCUCGUUGCAGAGUGCUGCUGGCGCUUUACUGUUUGCCGCUGCUGCCACAUCCUCAUCAGCUGCGAAUGUGCGGCCCUCGAUUGCGCAAAUCUUCGAUGAUGUCACCAAUGUGGCAGGUGCCGAAAAUGCCACUUCACCAGGGUGUGGUAAUCCUAAGCAUGUAGCAUUGAGCACUGGCGAGCCUUGUGAUGCGCCAGAGAAGAUCGCGCGUCUCAACUACAAAGAGUGCCUUACCCAGUCACGCAACCGGCGCAAGUCCUACGAAGAAUUCAAGGCAAUGUUUGCCGCAGCAGCAUAUAUGCAAGGAGCAAACAAUGCGGCGUCGGAAAUAUGCGCACGUCGCAAAGCGUCGCAAGUACGUAGUGGCAGCUGUUGUGAAAAGGAAACACAAUCCGGUGCGUCAAUGACAACGCUAGCAGCAGCAACAACGACGGCGGCAACAAUGUCGAAUGCAUUAGAAUCGAUAUCAGAACAGGUUGUAACCAAAGCGGAGGGGGAGUGCCGUCACCCUGGUGAUGGUGGUACUAGUGGAGUAGUGGCUGGUAUGAUGCCAAUUGCCGGGUCCAAACUUGCCAAUCACAGUAACGUCGCCGCUGCUGCAAUCAACGAGUUGAACACAUUUGCUAUGAAUGUGAAUAUCGACGCGAAACCGGAUUGUGUAAACAAGUUUGCGGUGAGCAUUGCUGAAAUGAAUACUACUGACGUGUCCGCCUCACUGACCGCACCAUCAGCGUCUGCGUUAGCGACGGCGACGACGAGGACGGCGGCGACCACAAUACAACGUCGGCCAACCACAGAAAUUUUGCGUAAGAAUUCCGAUUUUCUAUCGCAAAUACUCGAUCAAAAGCUGCUUGCGGCCAAAGAGAAAGAAAAAGCGCACAUACGUCGCAAAUCAUAUGAAGAGUUCAAACGUUUGGUGCGCGAUUGCGAAACAAUGGAUAUGACAGAAAAAUCCAGUGAAGCUGCAGAAAGUGCAACCGCUUUGUCGGCAACGCCAUUUAAACGUCAAAAUUCGCGGCAUGGUAAAAGUUACGCGUCAUUUUUGCUUAUGCGCCGCAAUUCGUUAAAAGAACAACAAAAAGUGGCGGCUGCCGCAAUGGCUACUACAAACUGCACUGCCAACGUUGAGCCACUACUUGAGCGUAGCGAUGAUGCUGCCACCGAAGCGCAACUACAAAGCAACAAUAGAGCCAUAGUACCGUCUGCAACAGCGCCUAUCAACAAAGGUAUCGGUAGUGGCAGUGGCAAUAAUUAUAGACGCAACUUUAAGAUCUAUGAUAAGCUAGUUUACGGCACCAUUUAUGACAUAAUACAACGUAAAAAUGACAUUUACAACCUGACAUACCAUAAAUAUGACAAAUAUAUGACAUACGGCACCAUUUAUGAGAUUCUACACCGCAAGACGUCGCAAGCAUCCUCUACCACGUCGUCGGUCACAAGCGCGGGCGAUUUCUUUCAACGCAAAAGUCUGUCUGCUAUUUUGGAAAAAGAUGGCGGUUUGACUGGGCAUGAAAAAAAAGAACAUACUUCUAAAGCAGAAAAGGACAAACACAAAGAAGGCAAGGAAAAACACAAGUCAUUAAAGCCAACAAUGAUUUACGAUAUUAUACAAAAACAACAGCACCAACAACAGGGACAAAACACUGAAGUUCAUGCUGCCAUAGGGAGUAGCGCUAAUGUUCCAAAUGGGGCCAUCUCGACCUCAAAUUCAGCUUCCUCGUCCACACUUUUGGGCAGUGGUCGCAAAUAUGGCACGAUUUAUGACAUUUUACAAAUGGAGAAAUCAGAUACCAGCACAGCUACAGCUGUCUUAUCUGCGGCGCACCCAGAAUCCAAGAAUCGUUUUAUUGUCAGCAAAAUUGAUGAAACUGCUGUCAUGGAGACAUCAACAGCUAGUGGCGUCAAUACGCACCAACCCAUAGAAAGCCCUAUCCAAAAUGCGGGUUACACAGCAUCCAACGCAAAAAAGUCGCAAAGCGACAAUGCCGCCCAUUGUGAUUCGCAUAAAUCUGCGAAACCAUCGAAGCCAAAUAAAAUGAGAAGACUGUCUAAUAUAUUGUCCUAUAGUAAGCAACAUACAAAGUCUGAGAAGUCGGCAAGCAACGAACGCAUCGAUGAACAACCAGAGCCGCCAGCUGAUUCACGUGACAUUGAAGACCCGUCCAAAUCAAAGCAUGUGCUGCACAAACGCCGUGUUGGCAUGUCGCAGCUAUUGCCGCUGGACAGUGAAGAAUUAUAUGCGCGUAUUAUUGCACAAAGUCGCGGCGCCACCUCCACUGCUGGCAAGCUGGGGAGCGGCGGCGCUCCUAUUAUGAAAUCCAGUUCACUAGAUGGCAUCUCGGCGGCAGCGGCCGCUUUGGUCUCGCCACCUGCCACACCUUCGCCACCCUCACCACGCCGCAGCCUCAAGCAACAUAAUUGUUUACAUCUUGGUGUAACGUCUGCACAGAGACGGCUCGUCAAAAAACUGUCUCUAGAUAGCUUCGAACCGAGUGCGGCACGCAAGGAUCGCUCGCCAAUACGACGCUGGUCCAAUCAAAUGCCUAUCAAAUGCAACUGCAUGCCUGUGGGUGACUCGCGUGAAGGUUCGCCGGUUUCGUUGGCGAGCAGCAAUGAAGAUUUGUGCGCAUGUCCGUCUACUGUCAUAGAACCGGCUGCACAACAAUGGCAACAACAACGCCAACCACACCACGUUAGUCAUCACCAUCACCAGUCACUGCAACACAAGCAUACGUGCCCAAAUUUCUUGAUAUUCACACCGAAUACAACAACAACGGAAACACAAGCAUCACAAGUGGCAACGCUUCUACCAUCGCCUACGUCGUCUUCUUGUGUCGGUAAUGCCGAUUGUGCUUGCGCGUCACUGGAUAAUUUUAAAAACUUCAGACUCAGUGCACCGUUGAGUAUUAAAACUAAUGCCAACAAUAGCAGCAAAGUUGCGACGCCCGCAGCACCAACGAAGGGCGGUGGUAGUUCAGCGCUGGCGUUGACCAAGAACGCCAAGUCGCGCCGCUUGUCGGAAUUUACGCGCGGUGAAUUUCUAAACGAAAAACCUUGGUACUUCCGCAAGAUAAAACGAAUUGAGGCUGAGAAGAAACUAUUACUGCCAGAAAAUGAACAUGGAGCAUAUUUGAUACGCGACUCUGAGAGCCGCCACAACGACUAUUCCCUAUCAGUGCGUGAUGGUGAUACAGUAAAGCAUUACCGUAUACGGCAACUGGACGAGGGUGGCUUUUUUAUUGCGCGCCGCACAACUUUUAGAACACUCCAAGAACUUGUUGAGCAUUAUUCCAAGGAUUCCGAUGGUUUAUGCGUCAAUCUAUGCAAGCCAUGCGUGCAGAUCGAGAAACCCGUCACCGAAGGCCUAUCGCAUCGAACACGCGAUCAAUGGGAGAUUGACAGAACUUCACUCAAAUUUGUGCGCAAAUUGGGAUCCGGUCAAUUUGGCGAAGUAUGGGAGGGAUUGUGGAAUAAUACCACACCAGUAGCAAUUAAAACGCUGAAGUCAGGCACAAUGGAUCCAAAAGACUUUUUGGCUGAAGCUCAAAUUAUGAAGAAGCUGCGUCACACAAAACUCAUACAACUUUAUGCUGUUUGUACAGUAGAGGAGCCCAUUUACAUCAUUACAGAAUUGAUGAAGCACGGCUCUCUGUUGGAGUACCUGCAAGUACUUGCAGGCAAGGGACGCAGUCUGAAAAUGGCGAUACUCAUCGAUAUGGCCGCACAAAUUGCCGCUGGCAUGGCUUAUUUGGAGCAACAGAAUUACAUUCACAGAGACUUGGCAGCGCGUAAUGUGCUGGUGGGCGAUAAUAAUGUUGUCAAGAUUGCCGAUUUUGGUUUAGCGAGACUUAUCAAAGAAGACGAGUAUGAGGCCCGUGUCGGUGCACGUUUCCCCAUCAAAUGGACAGCUCCCGAAGCGGCUAACUACAGCAAAUUCUCUAUUAAGUCUGAUGUGUGGAGUUUUGGUAUUUUACUCACCGAGUUAGUGACGUAUGGACGUAUACCAUACCCGGGUAUGACUAAUGCCGAAGUGUUAACGCAAGUCGAACAUGGCUAUCGUAUGCCAGCACCGCCCAGUUGCGAACCACGCCUAUACGAAAUUAUGCUUGAGUGCUGGCACAAGGAUCCAAUGCGACGACCGACCUUCGAGACACUGCAAUGGAAGCUGGAAGACUUCUACACAUCAGAUCAGAGUGAUUAUAAAGAAGCGCAGGCCUACUGA